AUGAGCAACGACAUCUCAGGUUUCAUCGACUCCCGCGUGGAGGUCGACUCCGAAGAGGAAGACGAGUCCUUUGAUGAAGAGACUGACGAGGACGACCUCGAGCUCAUUGGCGAGCAACUUCCCGGAUGGGAACGAGGCGCACAAUCCGAGCCUAAAUUCAAGCGACUCAAGCGCGGCCACAACGAUGAGGACGAUCCCCGAACGAAACGGCGCGGCCUUGACGAGAUCUUCUCCGAUGACGAGGAAGAGGGUGGCGACCAGCGAUCCUAUGGUCGAUCCAACUUUCGAGCUCAGCCCGACGAGUUUGCUGACUUCAUCGAAGAAGACUUCCCCGAGUCAGAGGAGGAGAUUGAGCGCCAGCGCGAAGAGAGAGAGGUUGCCCGGACACGUGAUAAGGGUGUUAGCAGCGUCAUUGACACAUCGGGCCUUGACAAGGAUGCCCUGCAAGACAUGGAGGACAUCUUUGGUGACGGUGCUGACUACGACUGGGCUCUCCAAGCCGAAGAGGAGGAAGCUGAGCGCGAGCAGGCCGAGCAGACGAUCGAGCUCAAGGACGUUUUCGAACCGUCCCAGCUCACCGAGAAGCUCCUGACUGACGAGGACAAUGAGAUCCGCUUCACCGACGAGCCCGAACGCUUCCAGAUCGACCGCAAGCAGUUCAAGCUUCUGCAGAUGACGGGCGAGCAGUUCAAGGAGGAGGCGCGCUGGAUCUCGGCCCUCAUGUGGCCUAAGAAGAAUCUUCCGCAGGAAUCCCACAGCCCCUUCACAAAGGCCAUCGGCAAGGUUCUCGAGUUCUUCGUGGUGGACGAAGUCGAGGUUCCUUACGUCUUUCAGCACCGAAAGGAUUACCUCCUCGACACUAAGAAGGUCCCGAAUCCCGACCACCGUCUCGACCCCGACGCCCCCGAGUACAUUAUCGAAGCCAAGAAGCUUUUGAAUCAGGACGAUCUCUGGCGCAUCAUGGAGCUCGAUAUCAAGUUCCGCUCGCUCAUUGACCGCCGCAACAUGUUGGAAAAGACGUAUGAGAACCUCAAGAAUAAUGCGGGCGUCCGGGACGACAUGCUGGAGGACAUGAUUCCCCAGGCCGCCACAGUCGAGGAGCUGCAAGACCUCCAGGACUAUACGCACUUUAGAUACGGCGGCGAGCUGAGGGAGCUCGCUUCCACCAACGGUGGCAGCCAGCAGAUGAAGAGACCUGUUUCGCGCACUGCCAUGAUGGAUCGCGUCCGCAAGAGUAGGGCGUAUCAAUUCGUUCAAGCGUACGGCCUCACCGCCGACCAGCUGGCUCGGAACGCGCUGGGCGAAGGGCGUAAAGUCAUUCCCGAAGACGACGCCAAGGAGCCCGAGCAGCUUGCCGACGACCUUGCGGAUGACGACUUCCCGACGGGUGACUCGGUCCUCUCCGCGGCGCGACAGAUGUAUGCCGAAGAGCUCUUUGUCAACCCCCGGAUGCGCAAGUUCUUCCGCAUGCACUUUUACCAGCAGGGAGAGAUUGAUUGCCACCGAACGGAGAAGGGCCUUCGCAAGAUUGACGAAUCAAACCCAUACUACGACAUCAAAUACCUCAUGCGACAAACCAUGCUGGAUCUUGCGCGCCAACCCGAGCUGUUCCUCAAGAUGAUGAAGGCGGAGGAGGACGGUUUGAUCGAGGUCAGGCUUCGGAUGCGGAACCGAUCCGAGUUCCGCGAGAAGCUGGACAUGGAAUUCGAGUCGGAGAACUUUAGCGACGUAGCGCAGCGCUGGAGAAACGAGCGCAAAAAGGUUCUAGACCUCGCGUGCUCGAAGCUGGAGCGCAUCAUCACCAAGGGUGUCAAGGAAUCCCUCCGCACGGCGUGUCAGGAGGAAGUGCUGAACGCGUGCCGAGAAGAGUACCAUAAACGUCUCGACCAGGCUCCUAUUAAGCCUAAGGGCCUCGUGCUCGGCACGGCGCCGCGGGUGCUCAUCCUUUCCAACGGCAUGGGCGACGCCAUGCGCGACCCUGUCUUCUGGACCUGGGUGGAGGAGGACGGCCGCAUUGUUGAGCACGGCAAGUUUACGAGCCUGGGUCGCGACGAGAAGCAACGCGAAGACUUUGCCGAGCUUGUGCAGAGGCGAAGGCCCGACGUGGUGGGUGUGAGCGGUUUUUCGGCGGCGACGAACAAGCUGGUGCGCGACCUCGAAGGCCUGAUUAACGAAAAGGGCAUCAUGGGACCCGAAUAUCAAGACCCGGACUCGGACGACAAGGAGUACCGAACGGACCCGUUGGAGGUGGUGGUGGUCAACGAUGAGGUUGCGCGGUUGUACAAGGACAGCCCGCGGGCGGUGGCGGACCACCCAUCUCUGCACCCGACUGCGCGGUACUGCUUUGCGCUAGCGCGGUACAUGCAAAACCCGAUCAAGGAGUACGCGGCGCUGGGCAAGGACGUGGCGACUCUCAACUUCCACCCGUGCCAGAAGCUGCUACCGCAAGAUAAGCUGAUGAAGACGUUGGAGACGGCAAUGGUUGAUAUGGUCAACCUUUGCGGUAUCGACAUCAACGAGGCGGUCAACGACGCGUACACGGCGAACCUGCUGCCGUACGUGGCCGGUCUCGGACCUCGAAAGGCGACGAGCGUGCUCAAGGCCAUCAACGCCAAUGGCGGGGUGGUGAACUCGCGAGACGAGCUCGUGGGCGACCCAGACUCCAAAAAGCUCCCAGUGGUGGGACCGCGUGUGUGGAACAACUGCGCGAGUUUCCUCUACAUCGAAUACGAUUCGACGGAUCCGCAGUCGGACCCGCUUGACAACACGCGUGUGCACCCCGAGGACUACGAACUGGGACGCAAGAUGGCGGCAGACGCGCUGGAGCUAGACGAGGAAGACGUCAAGGCCGAGAUCGACGAGAACGGUGCGGGGGCCGUUGUACGCAAGCUGUUCAAGGAGGAGGAACAGGAGAGAGUCAACGAGCUGAUUCUGGAAGAGUACGCGGAGCAGCUAGAAUCGAGCUACAGCCAAAAGAAGCGGGCAACGUUGGAGACGAUCAGGCUCGAGCUACAGGCGCCCUAUGAGGAGAUCCGCAAGCCGUUCCUGACGUUGGGGGCGGAGCAAAUCUUUACAAUGUUUACGGGAGAAACGGACGAGAGUCUGGCGCGCGACAUGAUUGUACCCGUCAACGUGCGGGUGGCCAAGGAUGACUUUGCCAUUGUCAAACUGGACUGCGGAAUCGAGGGACGCGUGGAGGCGCACGAGGUGAGCGGGCGAGGCUCGGUGCGGGAGAUGCUGCAGGUGGGGCAGACGACCAACGCCAAGGUACUGGAGGUGAGCCACAAGGAGUUCUCAGUCAAACUCACGAUGCGGGAGGACGCGCUACGGCGGCCGUACCGGCGACCGAUCAACCACCACCCCGAGCAGUGGGACUACGAGCUGGAGAGGCAAGAUCGGGAGGAGCUCAAGGAGAAGGACCGUACGACGGGACGGGCGCAGAGGGUGAUCAACCACCCGCUGUUCAAGCCGUUCAACGGUAUAGAGGCGGAACAGUACCUCGGGUCGCAGCCGGUGGGCGAGGUGGUGAUUCGGCCGUCGUCCAAGGGCAACGACCAUCUCGCUGUGACGUGGAAGGUGGCGGACGGAGUGUACCAGCACCUCGACGUGCUGGAGCUGCAAAAGGAAAACGAGUUUUCCGUGGGGCGGACGCUGCGCGUGGGCGGCAAGUUUACGUACACUGAUUUGGACGAGCUCAUUGCGGAGCACGUCAAGUCGAUGGCCAAGAAGGUGGAGCAGUUGACGCAGCAUGAAAAGUUUCACAAGGUGUCUAAGGCGGCCCUUGAGAAAUGGCUCACCACGUACAUGGACGCCAACCCCAACCGGUCAACGUACGCAUUCUGCCUGGAUACGGGCCGGCCGGGAUGCUUCUUCCUGUGCUUCAAGUCCAGCAAGGCAUCUCCGGUGGUGUCGUGGGUGGUCAAGGUGAUCCCGCACGCGUACCAGAUGUUGGGAUCGGAGUAUCCGGAUAUGAGGGCGCUGUGCAACGGCUUCAAGCUCCGGCACCAGAACGAAGUCAAGCUACAAAUGCAGAAACAGGGGAGGAGAUAA